AUCCAUUCCUAUGAAUCGUUACCUCAUCCUACAGACGAGGAAGCCAUGAGACUUCUAAAAAAGCUGGUUAUAAUCAAACUUAACGGAGGCCUAGGCACAAGUAUGGGAUGUAGACGGCCAAAAUCCCUUAUUGAGUUCCGAAAUGGCUUGACAUUUUUGGAGAUGACGAUCCGUCAAUUAGAGGCAUUUUGCUUUAUUGCUUUUCACCUUCUGCACAUUUAUCGAUACUUCCUUCAGACAUUGAACAAGAAAUAUGAGUGUGAUAUUCCCUUGGCCUUGAUGAAUUCUUUCAAUACAGACGACGAGACAGAAAAGGCUUUAAGGAAAAUCUCUCCUAAAAAAUUGGACCUUCUCCAUCCAAUUGAAAGAAUAAUCUUGAGUUUAAUAGCUCUUCACAUGGACACAUACUUUCUUAGUCAUAUGACCUUUAUCGUUAUACUUCGUUUGGAUGCCUUUCAUAUAUUCUAG